UCUCAGAACUCAAACUAAGCCUCCCAUUGAACCAUUCUUUAAGUCUCAACGCAACACAUUCAUUUCCUAAUGGCAGCCACUUCCUUGGCCCUCUCAUCUGCUUUUGCUGGACAAGCAGUGAAUGUAGCUCCAACGGGUACUUCCCAGAAUUCAGGCAAUGGACGUGUCUCAAUGAGGAAGGCUGCAGUCAAGCAGGUUUCAUCUGGAAGCCCCUGGUACGGACCAGACCGUGUCAAAUACCUCGGCCCUUUCUCUGGUGAAUCUCCAAGCUAUCUUACAGGUGAAUUCCCAGGAGACUACGGCUGGGACACUGCUGGGCUUUCAGCAGACCCCGAAACCUUUGCCAAGAACCGUGAACUUGAGGUGAUCCACUGCAGAUGGGCAAUGCUUGGAGCUCUUGGAUGCGUUUUCCCUGAGCUUUUAGCCAGAAAUGGUGUCAAGUUUGGUGAGGCUGUCUGGUUCAAGGCUGGAGCCCAAAUCUUUAGUGAGGGCGGCCUUGACUACUUGGGCAACCCGAGUUUGGUUCAUGCCCAGAGUAUCUUGGCCAUUUGGGCUACACAGGUCAUCUUAAUGGGUGCUGUUGAAGGUUAUAGAAUUGCUGGUGGCCCACUUGGUGAUGUUGUCGACCCACUUUACCCUGGUGGUAGCUUUGACCCAUUGGGUCUUGCCGAUGACCCUGAGGCUUUUGCCGAGCUCAAGGUUAAGGAGAUAAAGAAUGGUAGACUGGCCAUGUUUUCCAUGUUUGGGUUCUUUGUGCAAGCUAUUGUGACAGGGAAAGGACCAUUGGAGAACCUGGCUGACCACCUUGCUGACCCUGUUGCCAACAAUGCUUGGUCUUAUGCAACAAACUUUGUCCCCGGAAAGUAAACUUAGAUGAAAUCUGAUGCAAAUUUGUAUGUGGAUUAAUUAUGAACAUAUUAUUGUAUUGAGGUUUUUUGUUUCACCUGAAUCACAUUGCUUCCAUCA